AUGCCGGUCGUUGCUACAUCAACAUCUGAUUCUCAGUCAUUAGUCGUUCAAUCGACGUUUGGUGAUGAUACAUCAAGAGUGGCGAGAGAUUCAACUGCUAAAAUGAGUCAUUUAAUGUCGAGAUUAAGUUCAAUUCAUGUUGAUUGUUUUCUACGUGAGAAAAACGAGGAGAUUAACGAACGAACACGUUUGGCUGUACAGAAAAUUAUCGAUGAUACACAUCUUGAACACGAACGAUUAUUACAAAAAUUUCUUGAACAUCAAAUACACACUGAAAUUAAUCAUAAAACAAAAUUAAUAUUAGAGAAAUAUUUAGGAGAAAUCGAAAAGACAACAAAAAUUCAAACAUUAUCUCCAAUUGAAAACAUUCAUCAACAAGAUAAUAUUGAAAAUGGGUACAAAUUGAAAAUUGGAAAUUCUUCAACAAUGAAAAGUGAAUCAUUGCUCGAUUUAGAGAAAUAUUUAAAUGAUUGUCAAGAUACACUUUUAAUAUCGGCAGGAAAACGCAUCGUUCGUAUAAAUGAAGAAGAAAUGGAAUUGAAAAUAUUGGCUUUGAAACAAGCUCAAUUGGCAGCUAAUGCAGAAAUCAAGAAAAUUAUUGCUCAGGUGGGCCAUGAUGUUCAAGAUGCUCAUGAUGCUCUCACUCGUCACUUAUAA